CAGGAUGCGAAGCAGAGCAAGUUGCGAUUUCCGAUAAUGAUCUCUCAAUUCGUUUGUCUCCCGAAGCCCGUCGCCGGCUUCUCGCCGGAGAUGACAGUUAACACUUGGAAUUUCGCCUCUCUCUCCCUCUUUCAAUGUUCUUCAGGAUAUGGCUUUCGAUUCCCGCAUAAGUCGAAACGAGAAAGAAGGAUUCUCAUGUGUUCUGAUUCAAGCUCUCAGUCCUGGAAUGUUCCUGUUCUAUCUAGCUCUGAGGUUAUUGAGAGGCUAAAACAGGCAAGAGGAGGACAACAGUUUCUGGCCAUGUACUCAAGUGUUGUUGACGGAAUUACAACCGAUCCUGCAGCGAUGGUUCUUCCGUUGGAUGAUCACAUGGUUCACCGUGGUCAUGGAGUCUUUGACACUGCCACGAUCGUUAAUGGGUACCUUUAUGAAUUGGAUCAGCACCUUGACCGUAUCAUACGGUCUGCAUCAAUGGCUAAGAUCCCACUUCCAUUCCAUCGUGAAGAUAUUAGAAGAAUCCUCAUCCAAACCGUGAGCGUUUCUGGGUGUAGAGAUGGAUCUCUAAGAUACUGGCUCUCUACAGGCCCAGGGGAUUUUCUCCUAUCUCCAUCUCACUGUCGCGAACCAACUCUCUACGCCAUUGUGAUAAAAACGAACUUGACCACUAACCCAAAAGGUGUCAAGGUAGUGACCUCGUCCGUCCCCAUAAAACCUCCAGAGUUUGCCACAGUGAAAAGCGUUAACUACCUCCCUAACGUUCUUUCACAAAUGGAGGCUGAGGCCAAGGGAGCUUAUGCUGGUAUUUGGGUUGAUAAAGGUGGAUUUAUCGCAGAAGGUCCGAAUAUGAAUGUUGCAUUUGUUGUUAAUGGUGGUAAGGAGCUUGUAAUGCCACGGUUUGAUAAUGUUUUGAGCGGAUGCACAGCAAAGAGAACUCUUACACUCGCUGAAGAGCUGGUAAACAAGGGGAUGCUUAAAAGUGUGAAAGUAAUGGAUGUGACAUUGGAAGAUGGGAAGAAAGCAGAUGAGAUGAUGCUUAUUGGGAGUGGAGUUCUCAUCAAACCUGUGAUUCAAUGGGAUGAAGAAUUUAUUGGUGAUGGAAAAGAAGGUCCUAUAGCAAAGGUGCUUUUGGAUCUGUUGCUCGAAGAUAUGAGCUCUGGUCCAUCUUCCGUUCGUGUUUGUGUUCCUUACUGACCCCAUCACUCUCUUUGUUCAUCAAAGACAAUAAGUUGUGGUCUUUUUUCGAGCUUUGUUGUUAUUGUAAGUUGAAGGUUUACUGGCUCACGAUUCCAUGUAUCUCUGUCUUUGUAAAGCUUUCUCUUUAUCACUUGUGAAUUUUGAUCAGAUCCAUUCCCUACAA